AUGGUACAGGCACAGCAAGUGGUGGCAGCCCUCGAGGCAGCAGUAGCGAAUCAGAGCCCUGCCGAGCUCGAAGCAGUCUACGCACAAGUAAAACAGCUGGCUUUCUCCCCAGCCAAUGAAGGGGUUGCUGGUGGCCCCAGCUUUGCCACACAAACUCUGGUCAAAUGUGCAGAGGCAGCCCUUGCGCUUCGCACCACCACUUUGCCAACAGACCCCGCCCUCGCGCAGAAUGGGAGAGGAGCAGCGGUUGAUCUGCUGGCCUUGUGCGGCGAGAGCUUGACCUCUUACUUCACCCUCAACUCAGCAUCCCCAUUAGUGAACGUCAACCAGAACUCUGGUGGGAAAAAUGUGGCCCAGACUAGUUCUCCACAAGAGCACUUUGCUGCGAGGGAUCAGUUUCUGGGCCGGGCGCUUUUUGCACAAGGGCAGUUGGCAGCAGCGAGGUGCAAAGGGCUGAAAGGACUGCAGCUAAGAGAAGCAAUUCUUGCAGCGGCUGAGGUGGUGCUCAGAGGAGUGCGGCUCGCACAAGAGCUGGGGCCAAGGCAUGCCUUCCUGGUGUACAACGGCAGUGUCCACCUCUGGCGCAUCCUCCGCGUCCUCAACCGCGACGGCGCUCGGUCCACCCUCCUCCCCUGCUUCGAGUCCAUCACAAAAUCACUAGAGUGGGCCGCAAACCAAGGCGUGAAGCAAGAAGAAUGGCGAGCGCACAAUCUCCUCGCGCUCGCAUGGUGCCUGGCAGAAAGUGGGCAAAAGGAUCGGGCGGUGGCCCUGGCGCAGGAGUGCGAGAAGCUAGCCAAGUUGGAGGAUCUACUGGCGGCGGCGGCGGGGUUGAGAGUGCAUCUGACAGUGGGGGGCAAGGGCAGCGGGGCCGGAAAGGCGAAGGGGGAGCUCGGGAAAGACGCAGAAGGGCAGGCGAGGGCUCUUCUCCAGGCCGUGCGGUCCACUCUGCCCCCCCCUUCAUCCGCUGCCGACACCAAACCCCCCGACAAGAAACGCCCCCCGUCUUCCCAGUCCGCUUCUUCCGACAAAGCCGAAACGGAGAAACAGAUCCUCGAGGCCUGGCGACUAGCUGACCCAAGUGGCGCCUCUUUGGUCGCUUCUCCGAGCCCAACUCCGGACCAGAUCAAAGCGAUCACAGCGUCGGUGAAAGGUGUGAAUACGGACCUGGUUGCUGACGUGGCGUGGACGUCCGCAUUGGCUGGUGUUGAGGGCAUUGCAGAGCGAGCCGCGGGGCGGGCUGCGCAGGGGAAGACGCUGGGGGGACGGGCGAGGGCGGAGCUGGCGUUGUGCAAGAUUGCCCUCGACCGCGAGAACGUGCACCUCCUCUCCGACGCCGAUCUCGACCCGGCCGCAGCCGCGCGCCGCGCUGACGUCAUCCGCCGCGCGGAGGGAUCCCUCUCGUCGUUCCUUCGUGCGGGCGACUGCGCGGGCGUCGAGGACACGUGUCAGCUGAUCUGGCAGGCAGCCCUCCCGCUGCUCGACCCCUCGAGGCGCCACGUGGCAGCGCGGGCGCUCAGGGCGGCCGCGAGCGCGCUGGAGACCGUCGGAUCGGGGAUGCACAGAUUGAGGGCCCAAAUUCAUCUGGAGUUGGCGGAGUUGCAUCAGGCGGAAGAACUGCUGUCAAAGGCGGAGGACGAAGCAAGGAAGGGCUUUGAGCUGGACUACGAAGCGCCCCCAGGAGAGGUCGAAGCCGCCGGCUGUGACCGUCCCCUGGACCGCCACCUGGAGCCCCUCCUGAAACGUAUGAAGCUCAAGCGCGACAUCUACAGCGAUCCCGACCGUCCGAUGGACAAGGCCCUCAUGAUCAUCGAACGAGCGAGAGAGGCCAAGAAGGCGGACGUCCGUGCGGACCUGCUGGCUAAGGCCGCGGCGGAACUGACGUUAGCGGAAGCGGAAGAGCAAACGGAAAGGGAGCGGAUUGAGGAGGAGGGCCGGAAGGGCCGCGCUGAGGCGGCCGCGGCCGCGGCCGCGGUUCCGAUUGCGGAACCCGGGGGUAAGGGUUCAAAAGGUGUGAAGGGAAAGGCGGGGAAGGAGACGCCUUCGAAGGGGAGAGAAACGCCGUCGAACGAGGCGGGUGUUGAGACCAGUCAGAAGGGAGUCACGUUCGGCGAGGAGAGGUUUCGACAGGGGGCGAAGGAUAGGGCGCGGCUCUGGGCGGCGGCCGUGAGGAUCGCCGUCGAGGCGAAGCUGUGGGAGGUCGCGCACGUUUACACCCAGCGCGUUUUAGGGAUAGACUGGACUGUGAAUAGGGACCGCGACAUGGUGCUAUUGCAUGCGGAGGUCGCCUUUUUAGACGCGGAGGCAUGCGCGGGUGUGCUAAAGGAGCGAGGCAUCGAAGUCAUUCCGCCGGAAAAAGGUGACCCCGACCGGAAGUCCGCCGGAGAGAGGGGCACGCCCGACGUCGCUGCUGACGUGGGCGGAUCCGAGAAGGCUGAGACAAACGCAGCAGAGAGCAGUUCCAGCGACCAGACAGGAGCAGAAUCCGUCGGCAAAACGGAUUCCCGUCCUCGCGAAAGUGCCACGUCAAACGAGGGGAGCUUCGACGCUCGGCCGUAUCAGGAACGCGCGUUUGGGGGCUAUCACGAGGGCGCGCAAAAGGGGUUAGCGCUUAACGAGGCCUGGUUGGUGACUAACGCCGCGGCGAGCCUGUGGAAUUUGUACCUGCCCUUGCUGAAAGCCAAGCGGUACGCACCGCUGGUCCCAGUCUUCCAGCCGAUGCUCGACGCAGUGCUGACAUUGCCGGCAACGAUUGCGACCAGGGACGCGGUAACGGUCUGUGGGGUCGCGAACGCGCUCGCGAGCGGGCACGUGCACGCUUGCCUGCAGAGGCUCUUCCGUGAGAGCCGCUCCGCUCCGGAAGUUCCGCCGCUCGAGGCAACGGAACCGCCAGCGCCGGACAAAACGAAGGUCGCCCGCGGCAAGAGUCCAAACCCAAAAAACAAGGAAGCCGUUACGAAGUCGACGGACAAAGCUCUGCCGACGGGGGAUUGCAAAGCGGCAAACGAGGCUCCUUCAGUGAAACCACUACCGUCCGAUCAGGCCCCAAAGAACCAAUCGGACGCCCCAGACCUUGCGCCGACGGACGCUCCGCUGGAGGAGAGAAGUUACACCGAGCUCCUCAGCUGGGGGCUGGAGGGCGGUCGCAAGCGGUGUGAAAACGCGCCGGAGCUUUCCGCGGCCUCAGAAGUCUGCUCGAAGGUCAUCGAGAAGAUGCAAGGCGUCGACGAAACUGUCCUUAAGGUGUUGGUAGCCACGCAGGCAAAAGUGCAGGGUUUGAGGGGUUUGGCGGGCGCGGCCGGGGGCGACCACGCGCUCGGCGCGUCAGGCAAGGCGGUCGCCCUGAUCGAGCUCGCGAGCAAUACGGCGGAGAGCGCCGGCGUGCGCGCGAAGGCGGUGGCCGAUGCCGUGGAGGCGCUGCAGAAGGGAGACGGAACAGAGUUGAAAGCCGGGGGCGUCAAGCUGGAGCUGUGGACCAAGGUGGCCCGGGGAGCGCUUGCUCUGGGCGACCUUCAGCGGGCCAUCACCUGCUGCAGGGUCGCCCGGGGAAUGGCGGAACAGCUCGGGGGAAAGCAGGCGCCGGCAGCGGACAAGGAGAACGUGCCGCACGCGGCCGCGCCGCGCCUUAAACCCUUAAGCCUCGCUCCGUACCACUGCUACUGGCUGUCCCUGGCGGAGAUGGUGGAGGGCCAGGCGACCACUCAGCUCAUCAACCCUGCUCGACAGUCGCCCGCAGCGCAGGAUGCGCUGAGAGUAAAGGCUCUGGAGAGGUUCUUGGAAGGGGUGCGGUGGGGAGGCAAAGCGGGCAGAACCGACUUGAUGUGCCGAGCCGCCGUUCUCUGGUGGAACUCCGCCCUCCCGCUGACGAAAGACGCGCCGGGGCGCAGCCUGCUGUCCGCCACGUGUCAGCCGCUCCUCGAGGCGCUGCUCGCGGCGCGCGUGCGCGCGCUCCCGCCCGAGCUCCACGCGUCGCUCUUUCUGGUUCUGCUGGAGUGCCUAGCGGAACAGGAACGGUGGGAGGACGGAAUGAAGUGGACGGAUCUGGCGGUACCGAACACGGCCUCCGGACAGCACAAGCACCUGUGGGCCGUCAAGACAAAGUUCAUGGUGAAGAUGGGCCGUCCGAUGUCCGAGGAGCUGGACCGCAUGGGCGACAAGGACGGCGAGGUGCGCGCGCGCAUGUGGGCCACCCUGGCAGCGCAGAGCGACGACCCCUUCGAGCGGCUCACCGCGCACCAGCGCGCGAUCGACGCGCUCGAAGACACGCCCUGGAUGCAGGUCCCAUACAUGAUUCAGUACGCGGAGUAUCUGGCAAGCCAGGGCUACCCGGGUACCGAUUCUGAAGACGUGCUUCUGUGCGCGGCCGACAUUCUGCACGACUUGGAGGAGGAAGAAGAGGAGGAAGACAAUGAGGCAGAAGCGGGUCACCAGUCACGCGGCGGCGGCGGGUCGAUUGCGAGCGGGUCCAAGCACGGCCGCGAAAGAAGAUCCACGAUGGCUUCGUCCCGUCAGGGCGGUGGUUCCGUCGCCGGCCGUUCCACCACCGGCCGUUCCGCUCUUGGCGGCGGAUCGCUCCGCGGCAGCCAGCACGGGUCCCUUCGCCCGUCUCAAGCCCCCACCAGAAAAUCCAUGGCGUCUCGAAGAGACGGCGGCAGCCAGGCCGGCGGUUCAAGGAAGGGCACUGUGGUCGGCAAGUCCACCGUCAAAUCUGGCGUCACCUCCGUUUCCGCCGCCGGUCCGUCUCUCUUUCCGCCGGAACCGAAGCGCCUGCUGGAGCUCCUGCGCAUUUACACCGCCCUGGCCAAGACCAGCGCGAGCCUGGCGGAGCGCAGGGAGAAUGCGCUCCUCGCGCAGCACUUUGGGGUGCGCCUGAUGCGCCACGUGUUGGGCGAGGUGAACGGACACGUGGCAGAAAAGCGCGCGGCUCUCGCGGAGGUGGCAAACUUCGCGGUAGACCAGGAGAGCAGGUUGGCGCGAUCGCUGUCCAAGGCUGCCGGUAGCGCAGUCACGACUCGUCCGUCCCGCCUGGGGGGGUCGCUAUCCUCCGUUCCCAGCACCCCCCCGGACGCAGACCAGCAGCCCCCGGUUGCCAUCCCCUCAACUCCUCAGGAGUGGCCACGUGUCGACCUGGCAGAGCAGGUCAGAGCCGGGGUCAAGCUGGGCAACGAACUCGCGGCCGCGCUCGCGAAAGCGGUCAAGGGUUUGGGGCUCAGCGCGGCCGCGAAGGCUGGCGGCAGCAAGAACAAGAUCAACGGAUCAGAUUUGUACCGGCAGCUCGCGAAGAAGAUCAAGGGCCUGGAAGCGCUCCUGCAAGAGGACGGGCCAAAAGCAACCCCGGACCCCUUCCGAGAAGCUAUAGACGAUCCGUCCGGUCUUUUGGCUACCCUGGGAAGCCUAGAAAGUUGUCUCCGCCAGGCGGGGAUGGAUCUGCACGCGCUGCCGCUGCGGCAGCUGGCUUACGUCACUGCUGACGUGGUCAUGGGCCGCGCUGACGUGGCGCUUGCGCAGAAGCUCGCCAUGGUGGAACUUCUAGAGAGUUUUGCGCUUAGGGCAGAAGCGGCGGAGUGGGAGAAGUUUCUAGGUGUCCUGGCGAUCAGCCCCGAGGAGAGGAAGAAAGCGAGAGAGGAGGUCGAGCAGCGACUCGAGGCGAAGCGGUUGGCAGCGAAAAAGGUUCCGGCGGAGUCGAGGUCAGCGGAAAACGGAGAUGAGCAAAAUGAGAAGAAGAAGACAGGAAACGAUAGCGAGAAACGAGUGCUAAACGGACGCAAAAGUCCAGAUGCUUUAGAAAAGUCUGUUUCAAAAGCGAUAAAAUUGAGAAGCAAAGAGCAUCCAUUCCAAGCGCGCCACGCAUGGCUCGCCACGGCCGCCUUCCUGAUGACACGUGGCAGGUUCUCGGGAGCGCGCGCGUUUCUGACCGAGGCGAGCGCGCACGCGUGCGCCUUCGACGACGAGGGCUGCGCGGCCGCCUGCGCGCUCCACCUCGCGCGCUUGACACUGCUGGAGAACCGGCACGUCGAGGCACUGAGCCUGGUCCAAGAGGCGGUGUCAAGCGAGGGCGAAGUUUUUCAGUGGGUCGAACGCGCGGUCGCGGCCGCGCAGAUCUUGCUGGAGGAGCUCCCGAGGGGUUCCGGGUUUAGCAAGGCACGUGUCUUGCUGAAAGCCGGAGUUGAGAGAUUCGCGGCCCUCGCGAAACAUACCGGGAGCAAGAGCGUGGGUUCUGGUAGAGCGGAUUCCGGCGGAAGGACCGGAAUGGGCCUGGACGCCGGAAUCGCGGAGGCAACGCUGUUGCAAGAGCUUGCGGGGGUGGUGGCGUCAGAGUCGCGUCACUCGGUGCGCGUCGGGGACAAGAACCGGGCGGUGAAGACCGCUAGAGAAGCCGUUGAGAUUCUGCAGAAGUGCUGCGAUCGCUGGCGCGAACUGGGUGGCGGCGCGCCCUCUCUCUCCGCGACACUGGCCCACGUGGCAGCCCUCGAUUGGCUGCAGCGCCAAGAAGGCUCGACCCUUGCACGUGGCACGUCGGAAGGAAGCCCGCGCGCGGCCGCCGACGCGCAGAGGCGCGCGCUCCUUGAGGCGCUUAACGAGGGCCGCGCGCUGCUGCAAACCUCCAAACCCGCCGGGACGUCAGCGGUGACGUCAGCGCCGCUCGCGCGGCAGGUCGCGCAGAUCCUGGAAGCUUUGGCGCGCGCGGAGCUGGCCAUGGCCGCGGGCGCGAGCGAGGCGGCGGAGGAGUCCGGCGGAAGGGUGGAGAUUCCGCUGGUGGAGGGCCGGAACUCCGCUCCGGUGAGGAGGUGGGUCGACGAGGCGGAAGAGUUGGGGCCCGCGGCGGUGCAGCGGCGGAGGGAGGCGAACAGGGAGCAGGCGCACGAAGAGAGGGCCGUGAUAUACGCGAGUGACGCGCUCGCCCUCCUGGGCGACGGCCCCGAUCUCUGCCACGUGGCAGCCGCCCUUCACUGCACGCUCGGCAUGUGCCUACUCGAGCACAGCGCUCGGGAGAUGCGGAACGAAGAAACGCUCCGGAAAGUGCGGCAGAGGAACCAGGAGGAAAACGGACGGGAGGAACCCCUAAAGACACCGGCUGAUGGGCUGGCGGAGACGGGGCCGGCUUGGCCGCUAGAGGUCCAGGAGUCCAGCGGAACGGUGGACCAGAAGAAUAAGAACGGAAACCCAAUAGCUGGAGAAAAGCAAAGCGAUAGUUUUGAAAGCGGUCAGGAUGGGCCGCUGCUUGAACCAGCGAAGAAAACCGAUACUGAAUACUUGGAGAAGAUCAAACCUGCAGAAGCCAGAGACGAAGGACCGUCUGAUAGUGUUAAGCGGCUCCAGCAGCAGGGUGUGAAUGCGCUCGAGAAGGCUGUGUCAAUCGGCCUGAGAGAGGGGCGCUAUGACGUUGUGUCGGAGGCGGCCGUGCGCUUGGCCGACUUCCACGCGCGCGCGGGUCCAGCGGGUUCACAGGCAAAGUGCGCAGAAUGCGUGGCGCUCGCGCAGGGCUGCAAGGCGCGCGCGUUUCUGAAAGACGCGCUCGAAACCGCGUGCGCGAGGGACGACGCGCAGAUCGUCGCGCUUCGAAAACUCGCCAGUGUGAAGAGCCGGGAAGGACGUUUCAGCGGUUGGCCGGAACCCCCUUUCGCGGACUUCCGGGUGCUUCAAAACCCAGCGGAUGACCUGGACGUGACGUCAGCGGAAGCCGCGGUCCGCGCGGCGUCGCCCUGCGCGUGGGGGGUUUUGGAGGGGGUGAAGAAUCAGUCCUUUGGGGAGGCGAUUGCGAGGCUGCCGAGCGACGCGGCGGGACUGAUUCUGCAUUUGGAUGAGAAGCGGGGGGCGCUCUAUGCCGUUUCUAUCGGGCCGGUACCCUCGGAGUUUCCUACCGGGCAGGUGGGGGAAAAGGGGAAAGCGGACGAAGCUGCCGGGGUGAAGGACAAGGGAGGACCGGGUUCUAAACGCAGGACGAGCAAAGGGAAGGGCGGAGUCCCCCAGAAAGAGACACCGCAAAGUGAGAAGAGCGGCGAAGAGGGAGCGGAGCCCAAGACGAAGGAGCGCAGAAUCGAAGUGAUCAGGUUAGAUCUGGAAGACGGCGGGCGCCCGCUCUUCGACCUCGUAAAGGGUUUCGAGGUUUGGCGCAACCAGGCGAAGCGCGCCGUGGCGCGCGCGCACGUGGCGCCCGUUGAAAACCGUGCCGAUGGUGACGUCAGCGCAGUGAGCGUUGGGAAGCUCGCUCCAGGGACCGCGAACGUCGGCAAGCCAAAGGGGAAGGAGACACCGCCCCCGGGAGAAGCCUCCGGGCUGUCGAAGGUCGCGAAAGGGGCGGAGAAAGCCGGCGCGCCCGAGAAAGGCCCGCGCGCGGACUCGCGCGCUGGGCGGGCUUCAAAGCCGCCCAGCCGGCCCGCGUCGCGGCUGCAACGGACGCCGUUGGAUGCGGACCUCGAGGAGCGGUGGACGGCUCUGAUCGACCGGAUGCGCGAAUUCUUCCAGCCGUUGAAAGCGGCAUUUGACGCGGCCACCGGCCGCGCGACUGAGAGUUCGCCUCAAGGGGACAGAAGCGAGUCACGCCAGUCAGACAAACCUAGCCCUCCGGAAGGGCCGAUUCAGAACGCGGCUUCCGCAGCCCCACUCGCGCCUCGACAGCUGGUACUGUUUCUUGACGGGGCGAUAGCGGCGCUACCCUUCGAAUGCUUACCAGAGUUCCAACCGCCUCAAGUCCUCUCCGUUUCGAGGGACUUCUCGCUGGCGGUCUUCGCGCACCGGGUCGCGCGCGCGGCCGCGUCCAAACCCUCCCACACCCUGCCCCUAGACCUCCGGCGCAUGUGCUACGUGGUCGAUCCUCAGAACGAGGACAAGCCGCGCGCCGCGCGCCUGCCGACACGUGUCACGCCCCCUUUGGCCGAGGCCUUCUCUGAGAUCAGCCAAGCAUUGGCCGGGAACUUCAAUGCGAAGGAGUGGCGUGGCCUCACGGGAGCGGAGCACGUGCCGAGCGACGGCGAGAUCCAACGGCUCGUGGCAACUAGCAGCGGCAUGAUUUUCGUGGGCGUGGGGAGGUUCCUCGCUUACGUCAGCGCGGCCGCGCUCGCGGCGCUCGAUCUGGGCACGUGCCAGCUGGCCGUCCUGGCUGCAAUGAGCGUCAGCGAUGAGAGCCUGCGGCGGCAGGCUUUCUUGGACAACCGCAAGAGCCACGAAGCGCGCGAGCUCGAGCGGCCGGCCAGCACCGCGGCCCUGCUGACGUUGUGCGGCGUCAGCAGCAUCGCCGUCAACCAGGCGGUGAGCACGAUAGACGCCAACCAGACCCUCGUAAGUGGUCUCCUGCAAAGCCUGACGAGUCAGCCAGGGGUGAAUGUGGGGCAAGCCCUAAGAGAGGCGUCUUCGAAAGUUGAUGCGACUGAGCUGCGGUCGCUAUCCGCAAACAUGGUGCUCUAUGGACUGCCAAUGUUGACUCCGGGAUAA